GAACACAUCAUUGUAAAUGACACUUUGACUUGACUUCUGCUGUGCAGCGUUUUUGUUCCCGAACAGUUUUUCUGUGCCUCAGGAGAGUUUGUAAUGUUAACUUUUAAAUACUUUGUGUGUUCUCGCAGUGUGCGGAGCUGGCUUUUCUCUGAUAAGAGAUGCUUCAACUGCUCAUGUAAUUGCAAGCAGUGUGUUAGAACUGGUUUCAAUGUGGAUUUAGUUGCUAUUUUGAUGUCAGAGUGAUACUCGGUGGCUUCUGUGUAUGUGUACAAGAUUGAGGGAAGCGGCAAUCAAUGGAGCAGAAGUUCCCAUGAUCAAACAGCAGAUGGCGACAGUUGCACCAAUGUUGCUGGUCUUCUGUGGCACGGAGCACCAAUAACAGCAUCAUCAUCUUCAUCCUCAUCGUCAUCUCCAUCGCCACCCACGACACUGCAGCAUGGACACGGAGGACCAGGGCGUACACAUGGAGCCUCUGUUACCCGCUGUCACCUCCCCCUUUGGCUCAUCUGUUGGCCGUAGAAGUUUGAGGAGUGAUGUUGAAGCUGUCGUGGACAGAGGAGGAACACGCUCACAGCAAAGCACCAACUUCGAACCAGAAGAUCUUGAAGGCCACAGGACUCUGUACAUUGGGGUUCACGUCCCUUUGGGCAGCACCAGGCAGCGUAGCCAUCGCAGGCACCGUCACCAUGGUAACAAACACAAACGGAGGAGCAGGGAACGGGCCCUCCCAUUGGUGGAGGGGCGAGAGUCUCCUUUCUAUGACACUCCCUCCCAGAGAGUUCAGUUCCUCCUCGGGAUGGAAGACGAGGAUGAGGAGCACAUUCCCCACGACCUCUUUACGGAGAUGGACGAGAUUUUCGUGAGGGCGGGCGAGGAUUCUGAAUGGAAGGAGAGCGCCAGGUGGCUGAAGUUUGAGGAGGACGUGGAGGACGGAGGAGAGCGAUGGAGUAAACCCUAUGUGGCCACGCUGUCGCUGCACAGCCUGUUCGAGCUGCGCAGCUGCAUCAUCAACGGCACCGUGCUGCUCGACAUGAGGGCCGGCGCCAUCGACGAAAUCGCAGAUAUGGUACUGGACCACCAAGAGCUGUACUCGCCACUGGGCGAGGGGCUCCGUAAGAAAGUGCGUGAAGCGCUGUUGAAGCGACACCAUCACCAGAGCCAGAAGAAGCUGACCAAUCGCUUGCCCAUUGUGCGCUCGCUCGCAGACAUGGGCCGUCGGACGUCAGACGUCCACCUGGACAAGAAUGGUCAGAUGACCUCUUCCCAGUUUCAUUUAGCAGGUCCAGAUGGAAAAGGGGACCUCACCAGAGAAAAUAGCUCUGUGGACUUGAGCAAGAUGGACCUUCAUUUUAUGAAGAAGAUCCCACCGGGCGCUGAGGCGUGCAACGUGUUAAUAGGAGAGUUGGACUUUCUCAACAAGCCCGUGGUGGCUUUUGUGCGUCUCUCACCAGCCGUUCUUCUUAGCGGACUGGCUGAGGUCCCCAUUGCCACGAGGUUUCUGUUUAUUCUCCUGGGACCCGUUGGAAGAGACCCUCAGUAUCAUGAGAUCGGCAGGUCCAUCGCUACGCUCAUGACAGACGAGGUUUUCCACGAUGUCGCAUAUAAAGCGAAGGACCGAAAUGAUCUGAUUGCCGGGAUUGACGAAUUUCUCGACCAAGUGACUGUCUUGCCCCCAGGAGAGUGGGAUCCAUCCAUUAGAAUAGAACCACCCAAGAAUGUACCUUCUCAGGAGAAGAGGAAGAAAAAUACCAAUCUCCCGAACGACAUAGCCGAGUCUAACGAAGAGGAGCAUGAAGGCCACGGAGGUCCUGAACUGCAGCGCACGGGGAAAUGGUUUGGUGGUCUCAUUCUCGACAUCAAGCGCAAAGCCCCCCACUACCUGUCCGACUACACGGAUGCAUUCAGUUUGCAGUGUGUGGCCUCUUUCCUGUUCCUCUAUUGUGCCUGCAUGUCCCCCGUCAUCACCUUUGGAGGACUUCUGGGCGAGGCGACUGAAGGACGCAUAAGUGCAAUUGAGUCGCUGUUUGGUGCCUCUUUGACGGGAAUCGCCUACUCCUUGUUUGCCGGGCAGCCGCUCACCAUUCUGGGCAGCACUGGGCCAGUGCUUGUCUUUGAAAAGAUACUCUUCAAAUUCUGCAAGGAGUACGGCCUGUCCUAUCUGUCGCUGAGGACCUGCAUCGGCUUGUGGACGGCGUUCCUUUGCAUCGUGCUGGUGGCCACAGACGCCAGCGCCCUGGUGUGCUACAUCACUCGUUUUACGGAGGAAGCCUUCGCCUCGCUCAUCUGCAUCAUCUUCAUUUACGAGGCCUUGGAGAAACUGGUCUACUUGGGAGACUACUAUCCCUUUAACAAGAACAACAACCUGGACAAGCUCUCCUUGUACUCAUGUUCAUGCGUUGAGCCUUCUGACCCCACCAACGGCACCCUGAAGUACUGGGAGUUCAAUAACAUCACUGUGUCUGAGAUCUACUGGGAAGCGUUGGAGGUCAAGGAUUGCAUUGAAAAGCGCGGCGAGUUCGUGGGCAGCGCCUGCGGGCCCAACGGACCUUACGUCCCCGACGUUCUCUUCUGGUGCGUCAUUCUCUUCUUUUCCACCGUCCUCAUGUCGUCCUUCCUUAAGGAGUUCCGGUUCAGCAGUUACUUCCCCACAAAGGUGAGGUCCAUCGUUAGUGACUUUGCUGUUUUCAUCACCAUCUUCACCAUGGUCCUGAUUGACUACUCCUUAGGGAUCCCCUCUCCAAAACUGAAAGUUCCAAGUGUGUUUAAGCCAACCAGAGAUGAUCGAGGCUGGUUCAUCAACCCACUGGGGCCAAACCCCUGGUGGACGGUCGUCAUCACGCUGUUUCCAGCUCUGCUGUGCACCAUUCUAAUCUUCAUGGACCAGCAGAUUACAGCCGUCAUCAUAAACAGGAAGGAGCACAAGCUUAAGAAAGGCUGCGGCUACCACCUGGAUCUGUUCAUGGUGGGGGUGAUGCUCGGCGUCUGCUCGCUGAUGGGCCUGCCGUGGUUCGUGGCGGCCACCGUCCUCUCCAUCACGCACGUCAACAGCCUCAAGCUCGAGUCGCGGUGCUCAGCACCCGGCGAGCAGCCCAAGUUCCUGGGCAUCAGGGAGCAGCGCUUCACCGGCCUCAUGAUCUUCGUCCUCAUGGGCUGCUCUGUCUUCAUGACGUCCGUGCUCAAGUUCAUUCCCAUGCCCGUGUUGUACGGCGUGUUUCUCUAUAUGGGCGCGUCGUCCCUCCGAGGAAUACAGUUCUUUGACCGUCUCACACUGUUCGGCAUGCCAGCCAAGCACCAGCCAGAUUUCAUCUACCUGCGUCACGUACCCCUGAGGAAGGUGCAUCUGUUCACUUUCAUCCAGCUCAGCUGUUUGAUUCUUCUCUGGGUCAUCAAGACUUCCAAGGCCGCCAUCGUCUUCCCCAUGAUGGUGCUGGCUCUGGUGUUCAUCAGGAAACUGUUGGACUUCAUCUUCUCAAAGAGAGAGCUGAGCUGGUUGGACGACCUCAUGCCAGAGAGCAAGAAAAAGAAGCUGGAGGACGCCGAGGAGGAGGAAGAGCAGAGUAUCCUAGCUGAGGACGAAGGCGCAGUGCAGGUGCCCUUGGAGGAAUGCAAAGGGUUACCCAUCAUCAACAUCACGGACGAGAUGUCCAAAGGUUCUUUUGGCAACACUUGGAACGCCACAAGCUAGGACGUUUGCAAAGACAUCAACGCAUGUUACGGUAAGCGCUUCAGAAUGGCGCGUCGAGCUUCAGUUAUUCCUUGACUGUAUGUCAUCUGAAAAUUUAAACUUGUGUGUUCCAACACAUGGGAAAACAUUUCAUUUAUGAAUACUAACACCCCAAAUUCACCACUUCCAGUUCAUGUGUGAACAUAAAACAACGAGAAGUACAGUUCUUCAAAAUUUCCAAUGCACUUUUUACAUGUUAAUUAAGCAUCUUAUUUCCUACGCUGUCAGGUGAACAUUUUGCCGGUCCCAAACCCCACACACAUCAUUCAAAAGUGUCAUAAGGAAAAACUAAGUAUGGCAACUACUACUGUGUUAGUGUUGUUGUUUUUUUUUUUUUUAUAAUUAUAAACCCAUCAUAUAUGUAACGUGUGUCAUUGGAUAACCGUCUGAAGCCAUGUGAGGAAGGCUCAUUGUCUCAUGUUUAACACUUUGUCGAGGUCAAGCCGGCCUUAUUAAUCGAGCACUUUGUAUUUCUUUUGUAAUAUGCUUCUGUUGUUUGCUUCUAGUUGUCUUCAGAUUUAUUGAUUAAAAGGGAGAAAGCCGUCGUGCAAUAACAAAGUGAUGACAUUGGUUACCGUCCGUGUGCGCACACGAUUGUAACUUGUCAUAACUUCUCAUCCCUAAAUGAUAUUUUGUGUUGUUUACUUGAUAUAUUUGCAACAUUGAUCCAAUAAUUUCAUCCCGAAGAAUGUAAAUAAUCCUUUGGUAUAGUUUCAUGUUGCUGUACGGCUUUUGUGUCACAAUUGUGCAAUUUAAAUCACUGAUCGUCAGCUGUCUGCACUUGUUACCAUCCAUAAACUAUUGAACAAGCA